AUGAUUCUUGAACCCUGCGUGUGGAAGUGCUUCCAUUUCCAUUGGGUGGGGAAGAUGAUGAGAUACGAUGUAAGAACCAGAUUAAUGAAGAACAGAACCCAUUUUACAAAAACGUCGGUAGAUGUAGAAAACAGAAUUAUAAAAAACUUAAAAGAUAUGAAUGGAGAAAACAUUAGCUAUGGAAUAAAGAAAAGUGUCAAGAAUGGGUUCAUCAAUAAGCGAAUGUUUGAUUUGUACAAUGACUUGGUUAAGAAGUAUUAUAAAAAUUUUAUAUUCAACGACGUAGUGCUAAUUCUGCAAUCGUACGCAUUAUGUAAGCACAGGAACUUUGAAAUUUAUUCCAUUCUUUCGAAUCGAGCGUUGCAUCUAUUUAGAGAAUAUGGAGAGCAGCAUAGAGAGCAGCAUGGAGAGCAGCAUAGAGAGCAGCAUAGAGAGCAGCAUGGAGAGCAGCAUGGAGAGCAGCAUAGAGAGCGGCAUGGAGAGCAGCAUAGAGAGCAGCACCGUGUGGACUCAACUGCGAACCAUAAUACCUACUCUUCUGAGAAGCAUGACAACAUUUACAGAUACAUCAUAGCCAGUAAGGAGCUGAACUACACUGACUAUGAGUUGAUGCAUCUGUUUCUGAAAGAAAUAAAAAAGUAUUUCUAUCACUAUGAUAUGAAACGAAUUUGCAACAUUUUGCAUGCCUUAUCCAAGUUGAAAAUAAAUGAUGAGGAGCUGCUAGAAAUGGCAGGUGCUUAUAUUUUAAAAAAUAUGGAUCAAAUCAAAAGUAACCACAUAAAUCACUUAAUUUCGACCUAUUCGAAAAAUGCAAGAAGUAACAGCAGUAAUACCCAAACCAAGUUAUGCUUCGCCCUUGUUAAGUACAUCCACGAGAAUAUUAAAUCCAUGGAUUCUAUUUCUGUGUAUAAUAUUUUGGUGCAGAUAAGUCCAAUUAUUAAGAGAUUGGGAGGUUUAGGAGGAGGAAAAGAAGAAGAAGAAGAAGGAUCACGGCCACAUGAAUGCAAACAUCUGGAACGUCAAGACGAAACGUUGAUAGGUGCACGUGCAAAUGGGCAGCUAGCAUUGAGACAGCCAAACGGUCUUAAUAUUAACACAAGCGACAGAGAAGAAAAGAGAAAAAUAAACUCGAGAGGUAAAAAAAGAGAAUAUAAUGCGGAUGAAGAAGAGACAUUGAAGGAGGAUUAUUGCUAUUUGGACAAAGGAAAAGAUCAUUGGGUUGGAGAAGAAAAUGUUACAAAUUAUAAUGAAAAAAUAUUGAAAAAUAUAAUACCGCUUUUAUUUUCGAGAGUUAAUACUUGUCUAGCCUUUUUGUCCCUGAAUCAGCUAAUUAAAUUGUUAGGUGCUUACAAAGACUUAAAUUAUUUCCAUUAUACAUUUGUGUACAAACGUCUAUUACAUUUUCUUUUGUCAAAAUUGAAAACAAAACAUAAGGUGCACGCAGAAGAGUAUAUUUACAUAUUGGAAUUUUUCACUCUGCUUCCGUAUGUGGAUCAUAAUAUGGAAGAAAUUAUUAAUAUCACUACAGAGAAUUUACAGAGAGUACUUUUGUAUAAUUAUGAACAUAUGUAUCGUUUACUACUAUGCUGCAAGCAUCUUGAAAUUUAUAAUGAUGGAUUGUUGUCUAAAAUGGAUGAUUUAAUUUUUAAAAAUAAAAGAAAAUUCGAAAAAACAAGUACAAUUGACGAUUUGGAAAUAUUUCUCCAUUUUUACAGUAAAGGUUCUGGAGAAUGGGAUGAAAUUAUAUCCUUUUUAAAAUCGAUAGUCGAGUUGAAGGCACGUGAAGUUCCUUCUCUCUUAUCUAAUAGCGAUCCUAUGGCACUUAACAGGAAUGGUGACACGAAUGGGGACACGAAUGGAGACGCUAAUAGGCAAUGUGUCCAGCGUCCUGUCACUCCUAGCCAAGUUGGAAAAAUGGCAAUAAUCACUCAUAAGUAUAACAAGGUGCACAAAAAUUUUCAAGAAUGUGAAAAAAGUGUUUGCAUUGAUGAGAAACUGAUUCGUGCUGAUGAGAGAAAUGUGUGA